AUGGCUGACGAGCUCAGCGACCUGCUGCGGGAGUUCGAUGAGGUGCUGGAGGACUUCGACAGAGGCCGUACGUGUCAGUACGAGCAGCACUUGGAGGAGCUGAAGAGGAAAGCGGGACACAGCGUGUACGACAGCGGCAUCGAUGAGCUGGAGAGUACCAGCGUGUCCCCAGGAAGCAGUCUUAACUCCAGCGAGGAGGACCUCAACACCCCUGCCAACGCUUACCCCUCCAAAGCGAAGCUCGGCGACACGCAGGAGCUGGAGGAGUUCAUCGCGGACCUGGAUAAAGCGUUGGAGG